AUGGUCUCAGGCAACCGAAAUACAUCCACGUCAGAAGCAACGCUACUAUCGAGAUCUGGAACCUUAGCAAGGACCGAAACUACCGCCUUUCAAAAUGAUAUCACGCGGCGGCUGCAGCUCAAGUCGGUGCUGUUCCAGCAGAAGUUGGACUGGUAUACAGUUAAGAUGGCCAUCAAAACGUCGAUACCGCCAGCUGUGCUUGUGUGUGCUAUUCAAUCGGAUAGUUGGACCAACCACUUCAAGACCAAUGCUUAUUUAGCUCCCAUUAUAUCUGCUUGUGUUCUGCCAGCUCUCCCCCGGGCGAUGUUAAUUCGACACAAUAUUCGACUCACAUUCGCAAUUGUUCUGGCUUACUGUUGGGCACUGCUUGCUGGCUGGUGUGGUGUUCAAGCCAGACAACAUACUACAAACAAUGUUGACGAACUAAAUGCAUACAAUUCCUCGGCGGAGGCGGUUGUCGCCAUCUUUUUAAUAUUCUUCAUUUGGUCUUCGUGCACAUUGAAAUCUGCAUUCCCUGACUGGGGCCUCCAAUGUACCAUCGCCGGCAUCCUUGCUGUCGCGACAAUGCCAGGCAUAGCUCGAGCCCCUAAUACGAAGCAAGUCAUUGAUCAGACUAACAUUAUUUUGGAGGCUUUUCUAGUCGGACAAGCUGUUGGCCUUGCCAAUGCCCUGAUAUUAUUCCCACAAAGCUGCAGAGACGUCUUCAAAAAGGAUAUGGGAGCCUGUCUUGAUGGGUUGGCAGGCGUCACGCGGACUCAGAGGAAAUGCAUGCAGGCUAUUUUAUUAAGGACGAUCACUGGCACAGGAGAAAUGGACAGCAACCCAUGUGCCAGUCAACUUGAGGCCGCUGUGCAACAUUUUGUCAACGAGGUCUCCAAGACUCGCCAAAACAGCGAGUAUGCAGCACGGGAGAUAUCUUGGGGUGUUUUUGAUCAUUCACAGCUUGAGGAUAUCUCUUCACUGUUGGUAGACCUCAUACCACCGGCCUCUGGCCUAAGCUCAGUGGCAGACAUGCUGCAACUAUCCGCUGCUGCUGGAUACAAUCUCUCCAACGACGUUUGUGAGAUAAACCGUCAUUCUGAGACAGACAACGAUUCGUCAUAUGAUGAUGACUGGCAACAUCUCGAAACAGCAAUGCAUCAGCAUUCACAAAAAAUGACUGAGGCAAUUCUUGAGGGAAUUGAGCACGCCAAAGUUCGGCUAGAACUGAUAAAGGGACGCUCUCUGUUUAGCAGGUCUCGUGUGAGAAAGGUCGACGUGGAGCACCGCGCUGUUACCGUGAAUCCGGGCGAGGCGGGAUUCCUCGAAUCAUAUCGCGACGUUUUCGAGAAGGGUCGUGUUCUCGGCCAAGAGGAUGAGGCUAUAAGUAACAAGAAGCUGCUUGAGUGUUACAUUCAACAUCGACCACAAGUCGGAAAUCUGAGUGAAUAUACUUCAGAAAUGCACUCCAACACUUUGCGUUACUUUCUAUUUCUUCACUCUCAAACUCUCCUGUCGUCUUUGGGAAAUGAACUCCUUAAUCUCCUCACAUUCCUCGACGACUGCUAUUCGCGCCCUAAGCGGUUACUCAUCCCACCGGUCCUUCACCCCAGCUAUUGGGUUGAAAGGUUUGUUAACUUGGGGGGCAUCCGACUAGAGAGUACUUCUCAGGACGCAGAAAAACAGACAAACGUCGAACUUGGUCCCGCAUUUUACAGUCCAAAAAACCCCGACCACCUCCCACCUAGCAACCUGAUGGAGACUAUUGGGGAUUAUAUUCGCAAGAUCCCUUCUGUUUUUCGUAGUGAUCAUGCAGCCUUCGGGCUCCGUGUCGCCUGUGCCAUCAUGACUAUAGCUAUUAUUGCGUUUCUUCACGAUUCGCAGAAUUUCUAUUUCAGACACCGGUUUCUCUGGUCGUUAUUUGCCAUAUUGCUCUCCAUGGCUCGCACUGCUGGAUCAUCAACCUUUCUUUUACUAGGUCGAGUACUUGGUACUCUAGCUUCAAUGAUAACAAGCUAUAUUAUCUGGUACGUGGUAGACCAAAAGACUCCUGGUAUAUUGGUCUUCCUCUGGUUGUGGUUCAUAGUGCUUGGCUAUCUAUUCGUCAAAUUCCCUAGUCUCUUCAGCAUAUGGUUUGUUGCUCUCAUUGCUUCAAUCGUAAUGAUAGCGAAUGAACUUCAGGUCCGAAAGUUGGGAGAAGCAGCCGUCUUGGCAUCUGGACAGGCCGUGUAUGCGCCGUAUAUAAUAUUUCCUUACCGGCUUGCUUUCGUCACCCUUGGUGUUGUAACUGGAUACUUCUGGACAAUCUUCCCAUACCCUCUCUCCGAACAUUCAGAACUCCGCGAAAAUAUGGCCAAAACCAUGUAUGGGUUAGCCGGCUAUUACAUGUGCAUCCAACAAACGGUUCUUGCACAUCUUCACGGCAAUUUCGGUGACAUUAAAGAUAAAAGAAGCCCCGGCUUUCACCUCCAAGCCGCUCGCCGCCGCAUUUUUCACAAAUACCAAGCCCUAAGCACCAGCACCAAAACAGGUUACCAGUUCCUCGACUGGGAAUUCGGUCUUGGCGGCCGCUUUCCUAAGCAAACAUAUGGCGAGAUGAUCUCCAUCCUCGAGCGUCUUGGAAGCUACAUGACUCUUAUAAGCUAUGUGUCCCGGGAAUUGAAGGCUUCAAAGGCGACCUCCUCUUGGUGGGCCAACGACCCAACUGGUACAGCUCAAGCUCAUUUAAUUCCUAAAGGCGUCACAACGAGAAUGAUCAUAUUGCAUUCUGCGCUGAGUCGGGCGCAUCCGCUGCCACCAAAACUGACAGAGUUAGAAAUACCGCACAUGGGUGAAUUCUUAACCAGAGAUGUACCUGCAGAUGCGGGAUUCGCGGCCGCGGCAUUAAUUCACAGUGUUACUUGGUACUUGAUUCGCGAUGUCAAUCGUUUGACUCAGUAA